CACCUCCCACACGUCAUCACACAGACAGAAAGAUGUAAAACCGGUAAAUUUGUGGACAAAAGCCUUGUCAAUGAAAAUGUCAUAAGACGGUAACGCAGUGUUAUCAAAGAAAAAAAUCUUGGCCAUUACGCAUCUAGGUAAAUGAGGCCUUUGGAAAACUUCAAUACAUGGAUGGCAGGGUCAAGAGCCUUCAUCAGCGGUGUGCCUGAGAUGUCUUUGUCAGUGUAUAUAUAAUGUUUCUUCAUUGAAGACUGUUCAGCUUACAAAAGGAACACAGAAAGAUCAAACAUAAAGCAAACAAUUAAAACAGGAUAUACAGGCAUAGAGUAUGUGAAUGGUGGUCUGACAUUGGCUCCCUGCUGGUGGACGUAUAUACUCUGAGAGUGCAACACUUUACCCUGGAUUUUACCAGACCCAUCAGAGUUGUGGAGAACUGAAGUGUGUCGUACAGUGCAAUAUGUAGAUAGCUGCACAAUUCCCCAGUUGAACUGAAAUUCCCCAAGGAGGCAAAUUUUACAAGAAAACCCAUUGUUGGUGGACAUCGAAUUAAGCUUUGAGCAGUCAUCCUCAUGGUCAAGAUGAGGUUACAUAGUAAUUCCCCGAAGGCUUGUAGAAUUGCAUGGGUUGAGGAGGGGAUCUCAGCAUGGAUAAAGUGUACCGUCUGUACCGGGACUCUCUCAUGAAUCCCCAGCGGCUCAUGGACGAACUGGGGAUGGACCAAGAAGGGGAUUCGCUGGGGAUGGGAGUGAUACGCAAAGAGCUGGAUCUCACCAAUGAGGAAAAGCAGUACCUGCUGGCAGUAGAGCGGGGAGACAUUCCAUCCACACGCCAAUACCUCAACUCCAUGCAUAUCACCAACUCCAUCAACAUCAACUGUGUGGACCCACUUGGCAGGACAGCCCUCUUGAUUGCCAUAGAGAACGAAAAUGUGGAAAUGAUCGAGUUGCUACUCAGUCACAAUGUGGAGAUUGGGGAUGCGUUACUUCACGCCAUCAAUGAGGAGAAUGUGGAAGCUGUGGAGCUUAUUCUGGUCCAUCAAGUAGCCACCAAAGGAGAAGAGUCCCUGAUGACAUCCUGUCCUUCAAGCUCAUUCACACCAGACAUCACGCCCAUCAUUCUUGCCGCACAUCGGGACAAUUACGAAAUUAUCAAAAUCUUACUGGACCGAGGCUACCGCAUUCCCAAACCUCAUGAUGUACGUUGUAGUUGCAAAUUGUGUAUAGCAGCUUGUACCGAUGACAUUUUAAGACAUUCUCGUUCCCGCAUCAAUGCAUAUCGUGCCCUGGCCAGUCCGUCUCUGAUUUGUCUGUCCAGCAAAGACCCUAUAUUGACUUCAUUUGAAUUAAGCUGGGAAUUACGCCGCCUUAGCCGACUGGAAAACGAAUUUAAAACCGAUUAUGAAAAACUGUCCAAAAAAUGUCAGGAUUUUGCUGUGGAUUUGCUGGAGCAAACUCGUGGGUCCAAGGAACUGGAGAUUGUCCUUAAUCACGAUACGUCCAAUCCGUCUGAAGAGCAAGGGGAACGCAUGAAGCUGUCGCGGCUUAAACUAGCCAUUAAGUUCAAGCAGAAAAUGUUUGUGUCUCACCCCAACUGCCAGCAGUUGUUAGCCUCUAUGUGGUAUGCUGGAUUACCAGGAUUCCGUCGAAAGAAUGUUGUAUGCAAGUUAGUUGUGACAUUUACCAUAGGGGUGAUGUUCCCUGUGCUAUCACUUGUGUACAUGAUUGCCCCACAGAGCAGUAUUGGUCAGCUCAUUCGUAAACCCUUUGUCAAGUUUAUCUGCCAUAGCGCCUCAUACUUGACAUUUCUUUUUUUACUUAUACUUGUCUCUCAAAGAGUGGAGAUUGCUCAUUAUACGAAAAUCCCUGAUUCUCCCUACCCUGAACCUAAAGAGCCCCGUGGGGCCCCAGCUACCACCGUUGAGUGGAUGAUAUUAGUUUAUGUUGCAGGUUUGAUAUGGUCCGAGGUGAAGGAAUUAUGGAAUGAGGGGGCCAAAAGUUAUAUCCAUGACAUGUGGAAUAUACUAGACUUUGCCACCAACUCCCUCUAUAUAGCCACAUUAACAUUAAGAGUGAUAUCUUAUAUGCAGGUGUCAAAAGAGCGAGCGGAGGGAAAACGGCAGGCAUACAUUGAGCGUCACGCCUGGGAUGCCUUCGACCCAAGCCUUGUGGCCGAGACGCUUUUUGCUGCGGCUAAUAUAUUCAGUUCUUUGAAAUUAAUUUACAUAUUUACGGUGAACUCUCACCUGGGCCCUCUGCAGAUUUCCCUGGGGCGUAUGGUGAUGGACAUUCUCAAGUUUGUGUUUGUCUUUCUCCUCGUACUCUUCUCGUUUGCGUGUGGCCUGAACCACCUGUACUGGUACUAUGCAAAUCUCCGGCAACAGGAGUGUGCCUCCAACGCUUUGGUCGAUUCGUGUGAUAGGAAAUACAGAAGCUUUGCAAAUUUGUUUGAGAUUUUACAGACCUUGUACUGGGCGAUUUACGGCCUGGUUGACCUUGACAGAGCUGAACUCAAGGAGCCUCAUGUCUUCACAGAACUGGCAGGAAAACUCAUGUUUGGCACCUACAGUUUUAUAACCAUUAUUGUAUUGUUCAAUAUGCUGAUAGCCAUGAUGAGCAAUUCCUACCAAACUAUAUCUAGUCAAGCUGAUGAGGAAUGGAAGUUUGCUCGUUCCAAACUGUGGAUCAGUUACUUUGAGGAUGGCGGGACUUUGCCUCCACCAUUCAACAUCAUCCCCAGCCCAAAAACCAUCUACUACAUGAUCCUAUGGCUCAAAAACACCAUUUGUGCUUGCUCCAAACACCAGAAACGUAGUCGCUGGCAAAGCAUCAAGAAAAUUGUCAAGAAAAUUAAUGAACGUGAAGUGCGAUAUCAGGCUGUGAUGAAAGAUCUCAUCAAGAGGUACAUCAUGCAGAAGCAGAGAAGUCCCAGUCGCGGGGAGGGCGUUACCGAGGACGAUGUCAAUGAGAUUAAACAAGACAUCUCGUCGUUUCGCUUCGAACUGUUGGAGAUUCUCCGCAACAACGGAAUGAAGACACCGAACCCCAACCAACCCAAACCUACAAAUCGCCGACUGUCCAGGAAGAAGAGUCAGUUGUCCUUAGACAGACUGAAGCGAUCCUUAUCCGUUGAACCCCGUAGGAAGAAGAGCUCAGAGAAGUUGGAAGUAGAAGAGGAAUUGCCCCGAUCAAUGUCUAUGAGAUUGCCUGACGCUGGCAAUGUUAAAGUGCCUGAGACAAUCGUUGAAGAAUCGUUGGAAAUGAGGCGCCAGAGCAUUGGUCAAGGGCUUCGCGCCCGAAAGGAAAGUGCCCAUAAGUUGGUCAUCCCAAAGCUGGUGACAGAACCGGCUCCUAGCCGAGAGGCGGACAACGGAGUGAAUAAGCACAAAGUGGACGAAGGCUUGGGGGAAUCCAUCGACCAACCAUCGGUGUUAAAUGCUGACUCCAUUCCUCCUAGGCGACGUCCUAUUGCCAGCAGUAGUCCAAACCUCUCGUUUUUAGAGAGUCCAAAGUCUGUACCUUUAGGGAGAAAUAAUAGUAGCAACGGCAAAGUGGUGGUUAGCAAGUCACAAAACAUGGAAGCCUUUGACCCCAAAGUGCUUGAUAUGACAGAGGGGAAUUCCAGCAAACCGUCACAUUCACCCACGGAUUUGGAAAGUAUGGAUCCAUUUUCCAAAAAACCUAUGGGAUCCGUGAAGAAAGUAUCAUUCCUGUGGUCUGAGAUUGGGAAAAAUCUCAAAGAUCCCAAAGUUGAGAGUUACGUUUACGAUGGUAGUAUGAAAAACCCUGGCGAAAUUGACGGGAAAAAGGAAUCGACGUAACCAUUUCCAAUAAAAUACAAUCUGUUGGAUAAUGCUGCUGUCACUUGUGUAUACCCAUAUUUUUUUAUCCUCCUCAGUGUUAUUGACAUCAGUUUUGUUUCCCUUUUGUUUUAACGUUAGUGAUUUUUUAAAUUGUUUUGCUCGUUCAUUUAGUGUACCUGUUUCCUCAUGUGUCACAACGACGGCCGAUUUCCUUUGUGACGGUAUUUUUCUAAGUGCUACAUCUGUACAUAAUACCCAUAUAUCUGCUCAACAGGCAGCUCGUCUUCAUCGAGAUCGGGGCGACCGUAAGGCUAUACUUCGGACUAGUUCCAACGACUAUUAGUCUGGUGAUAUAUAUACUAAUGCAUUACGGGUUACCUUAUGUUUACAUUUGAAUAGCCUCAGCUCCCAGCAUCUCGACUGAACGCUCCACGUGUUCGUAUCACAGUGCUAUUAUUUUCUGAGGCAUAUAUCCUCAUGAAACCAAGCCUGGCGACCGACUCAUUGACGAACGUUCGAAAAUGUUGAAAACCUGCUACAAUACACAACUAAGUUUGUUUAAAGAUUUUUUUGUGAACGAGAAAAAACCAUGAAAAUUGUGUAAAUUUCGAGUUCAGCUGUUAUCACAAAGGUAGACAAUUGAGUCACCUUGUAAAUCGUCUAUGGCCAUCAUGUGAGGCUCUGCCUAUUGUCUCUUUAUUUCCGCCCUUUUCCCCCAUAUUUGGCACAGAAUAAGUUGCCAAGUAAUCACAAUAUGGAUGGAAAACGCUGAUAAAAAGCCACAGUGGACAUGGUAAUGGCUGCAUUAGUAGGGAAAAA